UAAGUAAAGUGGGGUGUGAGAGACUUGGCAACACCGCAUAUAUUUACUACCAAAGAAAGUAAUUUAAAUAAUAAUCACUAAAAACGUUCUAUUAUAUAAAAUCAAAUCUUGUUUGUAGAAAUACUCAUUUUAGUAAUAUGUAUCUUGUUACUGCUAAAAGUUGUGUCCAAAGAAUGACAAAAAAACUAAGUAAACAAUAGUUAAGUAAGGUUAACCUCAGUUGACUUUCAGUUGACAUUGAAAAACUUUACAUAUUUACAUUUUAACAAAUAAUUCUUCAAUUUGAGUGCUAAUCAAAGUGUCACAAUGCGUAGCCGGAGUAAUUCCAGCGUUCGUCUUGAUUACUACCAUCGCAUCAUCCACAAGGUAAUACUAAAUCAUCAAAACUCAAUCACUGGUCUGUUUCCCCAAAACCAAGACAACCCUCAUGCCUGGAUCCGCGACAAUGUUUACUGUAUACUCUCUGUGUGGGGCUUAUCAAUGUCAUAUAAGAAGAUGGCUGACCAAGAUGAAGACAGGUCCAAAACUUAUGAAUUGGAGCAAUCCUGUGUCAAGCUGAUGCGAGGUUUGCUCAUGUCUAUGAUGCAGCAGAAGGACAAGGUAGAAAGAUUCAAGCUUACACAGAAUCCUCUAGAUGCACUGCAUGCAAAAUACUCCUCAUUAAAUGGUCAGACUGUUGUGGGGGACAAAGAAUGGCACCUGCAGAUGGAUGCCAUCAGUUUAUACUUGUUGAUUCUGGCUCAGAUGACAGCAUCAGGAUUACAAAUCAUUUUCACUCUAGAUGAAGUUGCAUUCAUACAGAACUUAGUCUUCUAUAUAGAAUGUGCUUAUUGUACACCAGAUUAUGGAAUUUGGGAGAGGGGUGAUAAGACAAAUCAUGGAUUGCUUGAGUUGAAUGCUAGUAGUAUUGGUAUGGCCAAAGCAGCACUGGAAGCAUUGAAUGAAUUGGAUCUGUUUGGGGCUAGAGGUGGGCCUUAUAGUGUCAUUCAUGUACUGGCUGAUGAAGCACAGAAGUGUCAGGCAGUGUUGCAGUCAAUGCUGCCCAGGGAAUCUAGUUCCAAGGAAACAGAUAGUGGGAUAUUGUCAGUCAUUGGUUUUCCGGCGUUUGCUGUUGAUGAUGCUGGAUUAAUAACGCAUACUCGGGAGAAUAUUGUCGGGAAGUUGCAAGGAAGGUAUGGGUGUAAGAGAUUUCUUAGGGAUGGGUACAAAACACCCAAAGAGGAUCCGAACCGGUUGUAUUACGAGCCGUGGGAGUUGCGGAUCUUUGAAAAUAUUGAAUGUGAAUGGCCGUUGUUCUUUUGUUAUCUUAUAAUAGACUUCUGGUUUCAAGGAGAUAAAGAAUCUUCUAUAAAGUAUACACAACUACUUGAAAAUGUUAUGAUACGUUCCGAUGAUGGAAUUAACCUAGUACCAGAGCUGUAUGCAGUCCCAUCACACUUGGUGGCCGCGGAAUAUAAAGAUCCAGGCUCACAAGACCGGGUCCCACUUGGUCAAACUUUCCUCUGGGCUCAGUCCCUCUACAUCCUAGGAAAGUUACUACAGGAUGGAUUUCUAGCCAUUGGAGAACUAGAUCCAUUAAAUCGGCGACUUUGCUCUGAGAAGAAACCUGAUGUUGUAGUACAAGUGGUCAUCCUUGCAGAAGACAACGAUAUUCGUGAUAAACUAGCUGAGCAUGAUAUCAAAGUGCAGACUAUUGCUGAGGUUGCUCCGAUUGAGGUUCAACCAGCAAGGGUUUUAUCACAUCUUUAUACGUAUUUGGGUAGGAAUAAAAAGUUGGGACUCACAGGCAGAAAAUCCAGGGAUGUAGGAAUAUUAAGCACAAGUAAAUUAUAUUCAAUGGGAGAUAAAAUAUUUGCUUUUACACCACAGUUUACCGACAUGUCGCGUAACUAUAUUGCUUCGGAUUACGAGCUUAUGAUUGAUAUAUGCAAGAGUGAGAUCAAUUUCUUGAAAUCAAGCUGGCAGCAUAUGUUAGGUCGGCCCGUCGUUACGAUUGCUCUCAGAGCACUUCACUUAGAUCAGGGUAAAAUACCUUUAGCAUUGAUAACAACAAUGAAGAAAUUAAAAUCGGGAUACAUCAAUGGUACUAGAGUGACUUUGGGUAACCUGAACGACUUUCUGAGUACAAGUUGUGUUACAAAUUUGAGUUUUCUGGGGUGUCAUGAAGAUGGAUUGCCUGAUAAGUUAAAUCCGCGUGUAGGCGAAUAUUUAGAGGAACACCUAAUGAAAUGCUUCUCUAAUAAAACGUCCCUUCUCUUGGUAACGAAUCCAAGUCGUCGUGGAAGACAUUUAAAACGCAAAAUGUCGGUGAAAGGACUUAUAAAACGCACCAGGUCAAUAAAUGUCAUGGAAUCUGGGAGUCUUACAGUAGGUGCAGAUAGAUCAGGCUUGAGUACAGAUCAAACAGAUUCUCGAGCCAGAUCUCCAUCACCCAUUAAUGUGCGCCCGAAAUUGUUAAGACCAGAUGUGCCUAAUAUUGUGAUUGGUAGACAUCGAAGUCCUUCGGAGACGCAGUACGCUGAAACAGAGGUUGAUGAAUUAUUCGCCAUGUUACGUGAGUCAGAGUCUUUGGACGAGCAAGGCGAUAUUUUGCAAUAUUUGGUCGAUCAGAAAGGAUUAGACCACAAUACAGGCAUGUUGGAAUAUGGUAAGGUUGUUACUUUAAGGGAUUUGCUCAAAGGAUUGUAUGAAAAAGCUUGUCAGCAAAAGUUAUGGGGACUUGUACGACAUACUGCAGGAAUGUUGGGAAAACGAGUUGAAGAUUUAGCAAAAGCCGUUACUGAUUUACUCGUGCGACAAAAACAAAUCACCGUUGGCAUGCCGCCUAAUAACGAGCACACAAUUAGUGCCCCGCUGCCGGAAAGCGAACUGCGCUCUUUAAUUCGUGAAGCUUAUGGCGAAGAUGACUCGACUGCAAUGUUGACCCACGAAUUGUUGGUUUAUCUCGCUAUGUUCAUCCGCACUGAGCCACAAUUAUUCAGGGAAAUGCUGCGAUUGCGCGUUGGGUUGAUUAUUCAAGUGAUGGCAACUGAACUGUCGAGAACUCUCGUCUGCGAUGGGGAGGAUGCCUCGGAGCAUUUACUCAACCUUAGCCCGUUCGAGAUGAAGAAUUUGCUGCAUCACAUCCUAAGUGGCAAAGAGUUUGCUAUCAGUAGUGUGGGCAGAGGGAAUUUUUCGAUUGUUAGUAGUAAGUCGAGUAGGAUAAGUAAGAGAAGUCAUAUUGGUUUAGACCUUGGCGUGCAUGAGGAAACCAUUGAGCCUGAUAAACAAGGACAAUGGCUCAGACGGAGGAGAUUAGAUGGCGCUUUGAAUCGAGUGCCACACGAUUUUUAUCCUAGAGUUUGGGGAAUACUCGAAAAGUGCCAGGGAAUUGAUAUUGGCGGCCAUGUUUUACCGCAAACUCUCACACAAGAAAUGACGCCUGGAGAGCUUAAAUUCGCACUGGCGUUUGAAACAGUAUUAAACUCAGUGCCCCAACCAGAAUAUCGGCAAUUGGUAGUAGAGGCACUUAUGGUGCUCACGUUAGUUUCGGAAUAUAAUGUAGUGAAGUCCUUGGGAGGUGUGAUACAAAUUGAACAGAUUGUUCACGCAGCGAAUGAGAUUUUCCUCAAUGAUCAAAUAAAUUGUGAUGGCGAUGCAACCCUUUGCUGUGCAAAGCCAAAACACGAGCGUGAAACAUCAACAAGAGGCGGCUUGGUAUGUGGAGGCGCCGCAUUCAUUUGUCAACAUUUUUAUGAUAGUGCACCAAGUGGUGGAUAUGGUACAAUGACUUACAUGACGAAAUCUAUGGUGGCCACAAUUGAGGAGUUACCUAAAUGUGGUGAACUUGAUUGCGUCGUUAUUUGAAUUAUAAUUAUUGCGCAUAUAAUGCAUGUUUGGCGGCCAUAUUUUGUAAUUAUUUAGAAAUUUACGUUGAUAAAAAGGGAUUAAUUCUAUAA